ACAAAAUGGCGGCGGUUCGGCUGCCCCCGCGGGGCUCUUAAAGGAGCCGCAGCACGUUGGGCCUGGCGGCUAGUAGAGAAGGCGAUUGCUCGGCGAAGGAAGGAAGAGGGGAGGAAGAGAAGUGCGUUAGGUGCUGGUGCCUUUACUCUAGGUCGUCCGGAGGCUGCCCUGCCCGCCACUGCUCCGGUAGGAAGCGUGAAGCGGCGUUACCAUGUCAACGCAGGUAUUGGUCAUAUGAUAUUCUGUAUUUUUGGCAAUGAAGAAAGGCUCCAUGAGAAAAGCAUUAUGUAGAAAACCACAGAGGUCAGCCUCUCGGACACCCAGUGCAAUGUCUCCUGUCAGUUCAAGUACUAGAUCACCAUCUCCCUUUAGUCAACUGACGUCCCCAUCUGCUUCUAAAAGCAUGGAGCAGAGGCACCAACAACUUGACAUUACAACAGAGAAUUCAGAAGCUGCUUUUGAGUCAGAGUUUCAUAAAGAUGAAAAUUGUGGUAGUCCAGGAGUCAAGUACAUUACUGAACCCCUUAUAAAAGGUCUGUCUAAACAGGAAAAUUUGACAUGUAUAAGCUCACUGAAUCUUUCUUCUCCAAAGACUGCAGACAAGAAAUUUAAGUAUGUAGAAAAUUUGGAAAAGUGCUCCAAACUAGAGACACUAAAUCUCAGUAACAAUCAGAUAGAGAAGAUUGAGAAGUUGGAUAAACUGAUGAAGCUGCGUGAGCUCAAUUUGUCUUGCAACAAGAUCAGUAAAAUUGAAGGUAUUGAACAUAUGCAGAAUCUACAAAAGCUGAAUCUUGCAGGGAAUGAGAUUGAGCACAUUCCUGUGUGGGUUGGGAAGAAACUAAGAUCCCUGCGUGUCCUCAAUUUGAAAGGGAAUAAACUGUCCUCACUCCAUGAUAUAGCAAAACUAAAGCCUCUACAAGAUCUGACUUCUCUGUUCCUUGCUGAUAAUCCAGUUGUAAGUCUACCUCACUACCGCCUGUACACCGUAUUCCACCUGCGAGCACUGGAAAACUUGGAUGGCCAGCCAGUGACAACCCAUGACAGGAAGGAAGCUCAAGAGAGGUUUAAUUUAGAAGAGAUAGAAAAAUUAGAAAGAGAGUUGGAAAAUGCAGCAAAGGAGAUGGAGGACCUUAAACUUAACCAGUCCAAAGUUCUCGAGCAACUUCACCAUCAAGAUGAGGUCAACAGAUCGUUAAAAGAAAAGUCUUUGCAACAGAAACAAAGCUAUGAAGACCUUCAAAGGUACCUGGACACCAAAACCGAAUUGCUGGUGUGUUGGUUUGUCACAGUUCCCUCCACAGCGCCCUUUUCCUCACUAAAGCUAAAGCAGAAGACAGUGGAGCUGACCCGGGCUUGUCAGAAGCAGUAUGAGUUGGAACAGGAGCUGGCAUUUUAUAAGAUUGAUGCAAAGUUUGAGCCCAUAAGUUACUUUCCAUCAGAGGAUGUUGAGCUUGACAGUGUCCCUGGUGAAAGCCCAUACAUUGGUAAGGCCAGGUAUAAAAGGAAUAUGUUCAUAAGAGAAGGCUACAUUGCUAGCAAAGCUCAGCAGGUGGAGAUGGGAAAAAUGCCACUGGGUGAAGAUGACUUUGCUAGGAAACCCCCACUGAAGGUGCAGCACCAAACUGUAGAUGAGCUACUAGAAGGUAAAGAAAAAAAGAUCAAGACAGCACAAAGAAGAUUAGAAGAACUGCAGAGUGCAAUAGGAAAUGCAGAACAACAACUUUUGAAUGUAACAAGGGAACUGCAAGAAGUGGAGGAUGCUCUGGCUCAGAAAAAAAUGUCACAGGCCAACAAGGAAUGGCUUGAAGAGCAACUGAGUGGAAAGAUACAAAUCCUGCAUCAGCUACGCAAGGAAGCUUUAGAACUGGAAAAACAAAUGGAGAAACAGAAAAGAGAAAUAGGGAAAAAACAAAAAGAGCUUGAAGAGUUGCAGAGUUCCCUUGCUUCUCUAAAUCCUGAGGAUCCAAGACAUGCUCACAUGAAAGCACAAAAAGCAAGUAAAGAACAGCAGAUUGAUGUCAUGAACAAACAUUACAGGCAGCUGGAGAGUCGCCUGGAUGAAAUGCUCUCGAGGAUUGCAAAGGAAACUGAGGAAAUUAAGGACUUGGAGCAACAGCUCACUGAUGGUCAGAUAGCAUCAAAUGAAGCACUGAAAAGAGAUUUAGAAAGCAUUAUCACGGGAUUACAGGAGUACCUGGAGAGCAUGAAGUGUCAGGCAAAACGGGCCAAUGAUGAAUGUAAGGAGUUGCAGAAGGAUAAAGAAUCUUUGCUGCAGAGAUUGGCAGAUCUAGAGGAAGAGAGGAACAACCUGGAAAUAGUUGCCAUGGAUGCAGAAAACAUGCGAAAAGAAAUUUCAAUGCUGGAAGAGGCACUCCAGGAGCAGCGAGAGACAAAUGAAUCGCUUAGGGAUGCACAAAGGGAUAUCAGUGCCCAUGAGACUGAACUGGAAGCCCAGCUAAGAGACAGGGACACUGAAGCCAAUCAGCACAAAGAAGAACUGGAAAGACUGAAACAGCUUAGCCAGAUGGAACUGUCAGCCCUGCAAGCUGAACUUGAAAAAGAAAGGCAAGCACUAGAGAAUGCUCUGACCAAAGCUCAACUGGCAGAAGAGAAGGAACAACAAAAUUCUAAGCUCCUGUCUCAGUUCAAGCAAUUGCAGGGAGAUAACAAUCUCUUAAAGCAGCAGCUUAAAGAGCUUCAAAAUCAGCUGAACCAUGCAGUUGGUAACUUAAUUCAUCCUGAGGAAGCCUUAGCUCGUAUAAAUGAACUCAAACAAAAGCUUCAGACAGGAGUUGGAGAGAUUAAAUGUUGGAAUUCAGCUGAUGUUUUAGGGAAAAGCCUUGCAAAUCUGCAGAAGGAAUGCAAUGACAUCCUUGCUGAUGCUCAGAUGGAAAAAGAGAAGGCAUGGGCUAGACAGAGGCAGAUGCAGGAGGAAAUGGCAUCCCAGCAGGAAAAACUGGAAGCAGUACAGGAGAAAUACAGACAGGUGAAAGCUGAAAACAGGCAAAAUAAGAACAAGGUCCAUCAGUUAGAGAAUGAAAUCCAACAUCUACGUGAAAAAAUAAAGAGCAUGGAAGAAAUUCAGGGCCUUGCUGAUCAGCAGCUCCAGGAGGCAGAUGAAGAGAAGGAGACUAUUCUUGCUCAACUGAAAGAUUUAGCAAAGAAGAAAAAAAUAGAAGAUGCCAGGGCACAGAUGCAGUUUGUCAGCCUAGAUAAAGAGCUGAAGGAGUUAAAGAAAGCAGUCAUCACUUCAGAUAAACUGGCAGCCACAGAGCUCUCCAAUGCUAAAAAUCAGCUACAGGCUCUGCAUGGGACUAUUCACAAAAUCAAUCAGGAGCGAGCUGAGGAGAUGGAGGAAGCUGAAGAGUUCUGUGCUAAGGCAGCUCGUGCAGCUCGGGAUCUUGCCAGAGCAGAAGCAGAAAUUGAAUUGUUACAACAACUCCUCAAAGAGAAGGAGGAACAAUUUCAGCAUGAAAUGGAGAAAGCUAGUGAGAAGAAUGUAGCAUCAAGCUCUCAGAAGUUUGAAAUUGAUAAAUUAAGUGAAGCCGUGGAGCAACAAAAAGCAGAACUUGACCGUUUAAGGUGGUUGUUGGAUAACAUUGGGACAGGUAACAGAGGUGAAAUAGACAACUUGCAGGAUGAGAUUGCUGCGCUCAAAAACAUGCUUUCAAACCAGAGUGAUUACAUCAGCAGUAUAGCAGAUCCACUGAAAAGGAGGGGAUACUGGUGUUAUAUGCCAUCAUCACAGGUUUCAACUCCUGCUUCCCGCAGCACAAAAGAUUCUGGCAUUUGUUUACUCUGUGGCACAUCCUCACCAGGAAGAGGGAGUGGUCAGGACAGGCAGGGCAGGAAGGAAGAUUUGUCCAGUCAAGGAGGCUGCUGGAUUUAUUCACCAGUCAGAAAUAGGUUGCCCAGAACAAAUUCUGGUAAAGACAGAAGAGCAAAAGGAGAUGGUGAAGGAAAUGAAGAAGCUCAUGUUCCUGAAGAGCCUCCUUUUGUACCACCGCCUGGAACAGUUAUUUACACAGUCCUUCCAGAUGGUAGCCCUGUACCUGAGGGGACUGUGGUUUAUGGCCCUCCUCCUGCAGCACCAAGUGGAGCUUCAGUUCCCCCAGGCUCUGUUAUCUAUGGCCCACCUCCUCUGGGGGCCCAGGUUGUGUAUGGUCCUCUUCCUUCAAGCUUCACUGUCCCACUCGUUCCUGUCGGAGUGCUUCACUGCAAUGUGCCUGAGCAUCACGAUUUGGAGAGUGAAGUCACGAGGCUGGAAGACACUGUGUGUUAUUUAAAGUCUCAGAAACACAAAGAGAGGUGGUCAGAGGCAGCUGAGCGUAAAUGCAGGAAAGAGGUGGAAAAAUUGCAUCAAAAUGUGGAAGACCUUCUGCAGGAAAGAGAGGAGCUGGAACGGGAAGUAGCAGAGCUACAGCAGGCAGCUCAGAAACGUACCAAACGCAGGGACUUCAUUGAAGGGUAUACUGAUGACCUGAUUGCAGAAAUGCACUUAGAAAAGUCUCUUAGGCAUCGUGAAGAUAUUGCAGAUGAAAUUGAAUGUCUAGAGAAGACUCUGCUGAAACGACGAGCAGAGCUUAGAGAGGCAGACAGGCUGCUUUCUGAAGCUGAAGUGGAACUUGAGAGCACAAGGGGGAAAACUAAGGACACUGUUCAGAAGUACAACCAUGCCAAAGAGCGUUUGUCCUGUGCUGAAACCGAGGCAAAGGAGCUGGAGUGGAGGGCUCAGGAUGUGGCUGUUAGACUGGUGAAGGCAGACCAGCAGUUAAGGUUAUUACAGGCUGAUACCAGGGAUUUACAACAGCAUAAGAAGGAACAAGAAGGUGUUUUGAAGGAAAUGAGCAAAAUGGUGGCUGCAAAAGACUCUGAGUUCCAGUUGUUAAACCAGAAGAUAGAAAUGCUGAGGGAAAGUCUUCAUAAGCUUCAAGGAGAUGUUCAGGUUGCAGAAAGUAAUGAGGAACAUCACCUGCAAAUCCUCAAAGAAGCAGAAAGCCUUCUUCAGGGCAAGAAAACUGAACUGGAAAGGUUGAAAGAUCAGAUUACUGCUCAGCAGCAAGAGCUCCUGUUUCUGGACCAGCAGUUAAACCAAAGAAAAGAAGAGCUCCAUGUCCUUCAGGACUGCAUUUCUCAGAAGAAAGGUGACCUUAAAGAAGCCCUUCAAGAUGGAGAGACUGAAGCAAAUGAAAAACUGCGCCAAAUAAGAGAAAUAAAGCUACUUCUGGAAGAGCUUAAUGUUGAAAGGAAAGAACUGGAUGUCCAGGUGAAGGAGAAAAGAGCACAGCUCUUGUUCAUCAAAAAGGAUAUUGGAAAAGAGGAAGAACAUCUUCAAGGAAUACUUGGGCAAAUUGCCAAGCAUAAGAUGGAACUAAAACAUGUUCUGGAAAUGCUGGAGCUUGAAAAUAAUGAACUUGAAAGUUUGAAACUACAACAUGACCAGAAGGUCAAUGAGCUGGAAAAGACUCAGCGUGCAGUUCUAGAAGAGAAGUUAAAACUGGAGGAUAUUCAGAGAUUAUUUCAGUGUCAGCAAGGGGAAGUAGAUUGGCAGGAACAACGACUGGAGAAGGACCGUCAGGAAAACGAACAUCUGGCUUCUCAGAUGCGCACUCUGCAAAACAACAUUGAGUCCUUGAAUAAAGAGAAGGAAAAGCUUGAGGAAGACUGUCAGAGUUUGGAAAAGAAGUUGUCACAAACCAGAAGAGAUUUAACUGCUACUGAAGAGAGCAGCAGGACUAUGUUGUCCACUGUAGAAAAAGUGGAACUGGAUGUCAAAAGCCUACAGCAGGAGGUAGAUCUACUGAGAAAACAGAAAAAAUCACUGCAUGGAGACAUUGUUGUUGUACAGAAGGACCUUCAAGUGAAAAAGGAAGAACUGGACACACUGAAAGGAGAGUUAAAUGACUCCAGGCAGCAGCUUCACCUAGCAGAACAGGAUUUGAAAGCUAAUACACGGCAGCAGGCUGAGCUGCUGAGAGAGCAGGCCACCCUGAAAGAAGAGAUCCGGGAGUAUUUAAGGAAACGUAAGGAUUGCCAAGAGAGGCAGAAGAAGAGGGAGAACCACUUGCAGCAGCUCCAGGGGGAGAUCGAAGAGAAAGAAGCAGAACGAGCCAGGCAAGAGGCGAUUCUUCAUCGCCUCAAGCAACAUUUGGAGCACGAAGGAAAAAAACUGGAAGAAUAUACUGCAGAAGUGAAAGACCAGAGAAUGCUGUUGGAAAAGGAACUAACAGACCAACAAACAAAACUGGAACAGGUGCUAACAAAAGUAAAGCUGGCAGAAGAAAACCUCAGGAAGCUGGAAAAGGAGUCGUCCCACUGUGCAGCACUUGAAGAAGUCAUCAGGAAAAGCAAACAUCAGCUCUCAGAAAAAGAACUACAAUUACAACAGAAAAACAGAGAAGUACAGACUCUUCAAAAAGAACUGGAAAUCUCCAAGUCUGACCUAAACCAUCUCCAAGGGCAGAUAGCAGCAGAGAGGAAGAGAGCAGAGAAACAAAUCCUGAGUCUUAAAGAAGCAAUGAAAAUGCAAAAGAUGCAGCUUGAGAGAAAACUGCAGGAGCAAAAGCAGGAAAAUGCCUGUUUGCAGAGUGAAAUAGCAGCUGCUGAGCGUGCAGCGCGCACACACCAGGAACGAGCUGAGUGCCUUACGAAGGACCUUGGCCAGGCCCAGCAAGACUACAUGGACCUCCAAACCCAGAUGAAAGCUCAGCAAGACCUGGGAAGUAGACAAAGGGAAAUGGAGAAUGCAGCAGCAUUGCUUAAACUGGAGGUUGAAGAUGAAAUCAGGAUGGAGUUUAACUCUUCAAGCCCAUCUUCUCCAGAACCAUUAGACGACCUGGAAGCAUCUUCUGAAGUACAGGGCAGUCUGCAGUGUGAAGCUGACUUGGAGGCAACUGGUCUGUUUGCUGACAGAAGACUCCUCUCCUUGGAAGAAAAGCUGAGGUUUUCUAAAGUCUUGUUAAUGGAUGAGCAGUGGCGUGGAGAAGCUCUCAGAGAAAAACUGCAGCAUCACGAAGACCGACUGAAGGCUCGGCUCCGGCAGUGCAUGUCCAAGCAGGUGGAGGUGUUAAUCCGAGGGAAGCAGCAAACAGAGGGCACCCUGCACAGCCUGCAGCGACAGGUGGAUGCACUCCAUCACCUCAUCAGCAGCACUUCUUCAGAUCCGCUGGGCUCCAGCCUCGGGUCUCUCCACGAGGCUCUGAAUCUAGCACACCCUCAGGCCGCUCUGCCCAGCCUCACCCACGUUCCCAGCAGGCAGGCUGGCAUCCCAGUGGUGUCACCGACGCGUCCCUGCUCCGAAGGAAUUUCUCAGUGAAGCCCAGAGGGGGAAUGUGACAUCAGUCCAGCUGGCACUUUGAGGCAGGAGCAUCCUGAAGGCUGAGGUUUGUAGGUGGUGGCAGCCCAGGGCAGGUGUGGGUUCUCAGAUGUGCUGUCAGUUCCCAGUGAGCACAUUCCCGUGGUUGGUGUCCUGGCACUUGAUGCUGUUUUUUGCUCUUACGAUGUUUGAUUGCUGGUGAGAGCUGCUGUGGAGUCUCACACGGCACUGAAGUUAGUGCUGUGUUGUUCAAGUGCUAAGCUGCUGCCAUCCUUCAGAGUCACAGAAUGGUAGGGGUAAAAGGGACCUCAAAAGAUCGAAGUCCAACCCCCCUGCCAGAGCAGGAUCUCCCUAAGCAUCUUUGUUAUGCUUCUGAUUCUAGUACAGGUAUAGCCCAGCCUCUAGAUUUCAGUUGCCAUACCAGCCUAGUACUUUACCUCUUCUGUAAUGAUUUCAAUUAAAAAUGACUGCAGGAGUUGCUAUGGACAAGCAAAGCUUCAAGAAGAGAUACAGCUGCUCUUGGAGUUGGGCUGUUGGGACAGGCACAGUCUCCUCACAGCUGGAAGUGGUGCCUGUGCUGCACAGCAGCUGAAGAGGCCAUUCCCCAAGACCUUCCCUCUUUGCAUGGCUUCUUUCCUGUGCCAUCAGUCACCACCUUUGAGAUGUCUACCUCACUCCUCUGCAGCCCUUUCAACCAAGGUGCUUGCCACUGAAGCACAGUGGUGGCUGCAGGGCCUGCUCUGUACUGUGAAGUUUGGUACGACUGAGAAACUGAGCUUGAUUUAUACAAGUUGGGGUUUAAAAGUAUUUUAAAAUGUGAAUUUCAAUGUGUCAGAAACCUAUUUAAGUGCAGGAUUUUGUUAGUUUCCACCUCCAAGGAAACUUGUUCACAGGGACAGCUGUCCCUCCAGUUACCUGUUGUCAAGUGCAUGAGUGUUUGCAAUACACUUACUUUCAGGAAAUACUCAAAAAUAAACGUUGGUUGGUUUU